UUGACCUGUUGAUGUGCUCCUCCCGAUAGCUCUGCUGGUGUUCGCUCUGCCGGCGGAGUCUGGCGAGAAGAUCAGCAUGGGCGUCAACUCCAUGCUGGCCAUGAUGGUGUUCCUUAUGGCCAUGAUUGACAACCUCCCGCCCUCGGAGAAGCUGCCCCUCGCAGGUGUGUACUACGGCGGGUGUCUGGUGGUGGUCACUAUGAACAUCAGCUUCUCCGUGUACGUGCUCAGCCUCUCUCAUGCUGGUGAGAGAGAUCACCAAGUGCCUCCCUGGCUCAGGUCGGCUACGGUGAUGUGCUCGCGGAUAGUGAGGAUGAGAGUGCCCACAGUUGUUGUGAAGGCCUGGCACCUGGACGCGCAGAACCUUAAGGCCAAGAAGGAUAGCGUGCAACCCCACAGCAGCGGCGGCGACGAUAGCGACGACGACACCUUGACAGAGAACACAAUGCAAGUUCGCGUCAUCAAGCUCAAACCUAACUACUGUGCGGAGGGCGCGGACAUGCUCAAGGACCCUUACCAGCGGAGGUCCCUGCAAGCCUUGGAAGGGAUCCAACACCUUCUCUCCAAGGAAGCAUCCGUGCAUAGGUCACACACGAAGAAAUCUUCACUGAUGCAAGAGUGGAAGUACAUCUCACGGGCAAUGGACCGUCUGCUCUUCUACAUCUUCUGCGGUGGAACCCUCCUCUUCAAUGCCAUCAUUCUCUCCCAAUCCCCCUUUGGGGUAAAGUUCGAGUACUGUUCCCGGGGAGCGGGCAUGUGUACGGAGAGUGGCAGCUCCCAGCCUGCUGAACCUCAACCACAUUUAUAA